GAGCGGAUAACUGUUUCCGGCCCGGGAAGAGCCGGUUGAUUGGCGGGCGGCUUUGAAGCGGGCGCGAGGCCGCCUCUUCGCCUCGGCAGCUGCGCCUCCCCCUCCCCCACCCCAUUCCACCGCCCACCCCACCGAGAGAGAGAGGGAGGGGGCUCGGUUUUUGGGGUGGUGGUGGUCUUACCCGCUCUGUCAGUGAGUGGGCAGCGGGGGCGCCCUACAAAUCAGCUCCCUUUGCUCAGAAGGGUGGCUGGGUGGGUGGGUCACCUCUCUCCCUUUAUUAUUCUCUCUUUUUUGGGGGGGGGCCCAGUUUCUUCCUCACUUCAAAGACCAAAUCUCCCUCCCCCUCCCCUUUUUAAAAUUGUGGAUAAUUUCCUAAGUGUGUGGGUCACACACCCCGCUUGUGUUUUGAGGCUGGGAGUCCCUUUCUCUCUUCCUCCACUCUUUUCUUUCAGGGGGGCAAAUUAUUCCCUUGAAAUUUUUAAGGGGCGGCAUCUUUUCUUCUGAGGUGUAUUCCCGCCCUACCCCGUUUUUCUAUAUUCCUUUUUUUGCGUGGGUUAAGGGUCGUUUGUACCUCCUUCCUUUACUUCAGGGGACAGUUCUUUGGCAUCCCUUGAGACCUUAAGAGUUGCAUUCAACACUUUUGAGGAGGACCUCUCCCCUGUUUUCUUUUAUUGGGGAUAAUGAUUUAUAUUAUAUAUCUGCCAGGUUGUGUUUUUUUUGGCGGGGCUGUCAUCCACUCCUUCCUUGGGGUCCUCCGCUUACUCAAAUUGUCACCCCCCUCCAUCUCCUAGACGUUGAUGGGCAGCACCUUCUCCUUUGAGGCUGUGUUUUUAUUUUGAAAAUUUCUUUCCCUCUGUAUGUGUCCCCCUCCCCUGCUUUCUGAGACUUCUCAAAAUACAGCAUCCUGUGGGCAAGUCUCUACUAUUUCCCAAUGCUGGGGUAGUUCAUAUCACCCCUUCACCCACAUUCAUACACAUUUCUUUAUGGGAAGUGGCAUCUUUCCCAGUAUCUGCUGGAUAUCUCCUCCACUCCACUUCCUAGGACAGCCCUUACACUGAACUGUUGCUCUCUGCUUGGAGCAAAACUGUAAUGUGAAAACUCCCUGUUCCUUAGCCUCUACAACAAGGUAGACGAACAGGCCUUUUGCCCUUGGGAGACUAGAUUUGGUCCUGCUCAUUCGCUAGGCUCCCCUUUUCCCUUGUUAUUUGGUCAACAUGAAUUUCUCCGAGGUAUUUAAACUCUCCAGUCAGUUGUGCAGGUUCUCUCCGGAUGGAAAAUGCUUGGUGAGCUUAGCAUUGUGGUGUGCCGUGUGUAUCUAUUUUAUAGAUAAUGGGUUGGUGGGGGGCAAGGACGAAGAGUGGGCGGACAGGGGGGUUGAAUGUGGAUUCAGGGAAGGAAUGGGAGAUGUGGGGACCAGGGGUGGUUUUGAUAUUUGAUGACAAUACACAUGAUUUCCUUGUUCUAACUCAGUUUUAUGUUGGGACAGUCUUAGCCAAACAGUAUCUGAUUUCUGCUGAGGAGAGCAGCAUCCAUAAAAUGAGCCUUUCCACCUAGUUAGCAACCUUGCAUGACAUUUGCCCAUUAAAUUCUUAACUGUUUUUAAAUGACACCAGGAAAUCUCUUCCCAGAAGAUGUGCAUAGUAAUAUCAAAUUAUAAAUUGGCUGUGAUUUUAAAUAACAAUAAUUUCAAUCAGCGCCACCUCUGAGCCCUCUUCUCUUUCCUACUUAAUGUGUCUUGUCUUUUAAUUUAUAAGCUUUUAUUGCUAUGUUUGGUUCGUAGUUCUAACAACCUGGAUUAUGAUGAUGUGAAAUCUUUGCCUUGUAGUAUAUCUGCAGAAGUGCACGAUUACUGCGACAUUAGUAUGCAGAACUGGUGUAGCUGUUUAGAGCUGCAGUCCUGUGCAUUUCUUCUUCGAGUGUCAACCCCACUGAUCUAUUGAAGUGCCACCAGUUUGGUUUAAAUGAACAAUUUUGGGUUCCUCUCUCCCCCACCUGCACUUCUUCUUUUGUAGCAAACCAUGGUUUGCCCUGUUCAGAUGAAAUGACAAACAAUGGUUUGCCAAGGACGAGGAAGUUCAAGAGGAGGAGGAGUGCAUAAACCGAAGGUUUUCAGAUAUAAAAGGGGAGGGGGCUUCUUCACCUGUAAUAGUUACAUAGAAAAGGGAGCUUCAGCAACUGAAGCUUGUGUGAUCAGUUAAAGUUGGAGAAGCCGCCGCACUUAUUUCAUUGGUUGUCCUGCAUAGGCCUAAGGAUAGUUUCUGUGUCAUUGGCUGAAGUUACAUGUGAACCAAGCUAUGUGUAUGGGGGUAGAGACUUCCACUGAAGCCAUCAGGAGAGCGUCAUUAACUACGAACCAGACCAAGUUGGCUUUCUGGGGGAUACCUAUGUCCCCUGGUUUUAGGGGACUUAACAAAAUGUGUGAUUCACCCUACAAAACCCUGCUAAAUGACUACAAAACCCUACAAAGGUUUGGGAGCGGACUCUAAAUUUCAGGGCUUGUAGUUACUGAAGCUCAUAUACCUAUAAACGGCUUAGUCAUGCUGGCCACAUGACCCGAAAGCUGUCUGCGGACAAACGCCGGCUCCCUUGGCCUAUAGAGCGAGAUGAGCGCGCAACCCCAGAGUCGGUCACGGCUGGACCUAAUGGUCAGGGGUCUCUUUACCUUUACCUUUAAGCACCUAUAUUAAUUUGUAAAACAGGUACAUUUAAUAUAUUAAUUGGCAAUUGACAAAUCAGUUAUUCUUACUGCAUGACAGGCCUGCGGUAUGUCAUCAGUCUAUAUUUUGUAGAGCUUUCAUUUUAUUCUACAGUUUUUCUGAUGGUUUCUCCUGUCUCUAAUACUAGAGGAUUUAGGAAUCACAUCUGAAAUAAUUUUGCCCCCUGUCACUGAGCUAAAAUGCCACAGCUAAGUUAUUCAUUUUUUGUUCUAUUCAGGCCUCCGGUGUCCAGUAUCGUUUGGUGGUUCGUGAUGUAAACACUCUCCAAAUUCUGCAGCUCUUCACCUGCCUAGACCAAAUCCAGCACAUUGAGUGGUCUUCAGAUUCUCUUUUUAUAUUAUGUGCAAUGUACAAGCGUGGAAUUGUGCAGGUGGGCACCUAUGCAAUAUGCUUUCUUUUCUGGAACUUGCCAGUUUCUAAACUGAUGGUGUUAAGCAGCAAGUAUUUAAUAUAGGUGCUGAGGAAACAAAUGCACUUUACCUACAGAAUGCCCCCAAGUUCAAACUGGCAUCUUUAGAUAGGGAUGGGAGAGUCUUCUUGAAACCAUGGAAAGCCUCUACCAGCUAGUGUGGUUGUACCAUUGGCCUGACCUUGUUUAAAGCAGCUUCCUAUUAAUAUCAGGUCUUUAUUCAGAAACAUGAGGACUAGAAUUUUUAAUGUUUAGGGGAAGGACCAUAUCUCAGUGGCAGAGCAUCUCUGUUUUGCAUGCAGAAGAUCCCAAGUCCAACCACUGACAUCUCCAGGUAGGGCUGAGAGAGACUUCUCCCUGAAAUCCUGUAUUGCUGCUCCCAGUCACUAUAGACAGUACUGAGCUAGGUUGAAAAGAGCAUGUCUUUUCCAGGAACAAACAAACCGCAGAACUACGUCCCCUGAUGCAAAAAAGUAGCUUUAGGGUUUUGCUAGUUUCUGAAAGAAGCAGAGCUGCUGUCAGUCCUGUGGACAAUGACUGAGCUGGGCAGCUGGGUUAAGGACCCAGCUGAUUUCUAGCCUUGCUUAGUACCAUCAUUUACAAACUGGGAAUAGCAGUGGUGGACCAUCAAAGUGAUGCUUAGCAAAGCAGACUUGAAAGUAAUUUCACCAAACUUCCUAGCUCAUACAUUUUAUUUUAAUGGCUCACAUGGACUUAUUGAGACAACAUCAUGCUUAAUGAAAGACCAGUUAUAAAAUUUCCCUCCCUGGUCGCCUGGAGGUGAUUCAUGUUUGCCACAGGCAACUUGGUAAGUGUGAGCCUGUUGUGAAGCACUUUGCAUCUGAAAAGCACCAUAUAAAUAGGACAGUAUGUAAAUUUAAUAAACAAAAAAUAAUUUAAGCAAACCCUUUCAGUUUUUUGAAAUUUUAAUGUGUGGUGGGUCUUUAAUAAUAUCAGAGCUCUGUGACAUCUUUAAAGUAAAAAAUUUAUACAGUCAUACCUCGGGUUACAGACGCUUCAGGUUGCUCAUUCUUGGGUUGCGCAUCGCGCCGAACCCGGAAGUACCGGAAUGGGUUACUUCUGGGUUUUGGCACUCGCGCAUGCGCAAAAGCACUAAAUCACGCUUUGCACAUGCGCAGAAGCGCCGAAUCGCAACCCAUGCGUGCGCAGACGCGGCGCUGCAGGUUGCGAACGCUGUGGGUUGCGAAUGUGCCUCCUGCACGGAUCAUGUUCGCAACCCGAGUGUCCACUGUAUUGUGGUCCAGAUCUCUUAAAGACAGUCACCAUCUUUACUGGAGGCCUAUACAAUUCUGUACCACAACAAACCUCUUGAUCUUUACAGACACUCUUUUGGAAUAGUUUUGUGGAUCUAACCGGAUGUAAAGAAGAAGAAGAAGAAAAGGCUUACCUCUGUAGUGGGAUCCAGCGCCAGUCUUUCAUGGUCUUUUGCUGGUGGGCUUGUCUUUUUCUGUUGAAGAGUGAGCCUUGAGAGGAAGCUGGUAGGGCUUUGGGUGCCUUGCUCAAGUCAGCGCUGACUUGACUGUUCUUCCUCCCUUGGCUUAGGUCUGGUCCUUGGAGCAGCCUGAUUGGCACUGCAAGAUCGAUGAAGGCUCAGCGGGACUCGUGGCUUCUUGCUGGAGUCCGGAUGGCCGUCACAUUCUCAAUACUACAGAGUUCCACGUAAGUGUGAAAUUGGGGCUGCUCUUGUAAGAUAUCAAAUGUUACUGUCUACAUCCUAGCCCCUAAAAUAGCCUGAAGCUCUUAAAGCUGCAGUGUGCUGCUAAGUUGUACUUGUGGGACCUUUUUUUAAAAAAAGUGUGGCUGCAUGUUUAAGGAAAAGCUCCUUUAAUGUUCUUUGCAGGAGAAUACAACAAAGAAAGGUAACAAGUCUCAGAUUUUAGUCACAUAAUCUUGGGUAUAUAAGGAAUCAUAAACAUUAUCUCCAGCUCUCCUGAGGACUGAUGCGUUGUUUAGUAGCCAAGAACAGGAUUGGUUAGCCAUGAAGUCUUUGUUUCCUUGUUCACCACCACUAAUUUAAUUAAACCACUAUCUCAGCCACUUUUUUUUUUUUUUUUUUGCAUUUAUGUGCAUGUUACUGAGCUACCUCACAGGUAAGGACUAUUGAGGUGAUUGAUGCAUAUGGACACUUCAAAGCAAUAUACAAAUUAGAAUUGGAAUUAUUCUCCCACUGAUAUUUUUAAUAUGGCACAGUAGCUUGAGAUGGCUUUGUGCAGGUCACCAUGCACAUGGUGAACCUUGCCCUGCCUUAACACAUGUCAGAAAAUACGGGGUCAUUUCCUUACCUAAUCUCGGGUAAAGCUUAUUUCCAUCUUCAAAUAUGCAGUCAGUUAGAUGGAUGUGUGAAGUGAAGGCCUGUUGUGGAGUCUCUGCUUUGGACUGUCCCUGAUUCCCCAAAUGUGGAAAUGUUUCAAAAUCAAAGGAAGAGAGAGAGAACACCUUUCUGUUUUUCUUAUUGAGUGAAUUGAAGGGCUAGUUUGUGAAGGAUAUCCCCCCCCCCAUGUUGCAUUAGAGCCCAUCGGAUGCUUUUCCUCAAUUGUAAUAACUACCCAGGUGUGGAAAUAACUGUUGCUGGUUCAGUAAAUAAAAGAAUAAUAGAAUCAUAGAUGAUGGCACGCAUAGAGCCACUCUCUCUAGAAUGUGAGAGCUCUUCUGGAUCAGAUCAAAGGCCCAUCUAUCCCAGCAUCCAGGUCCCCACCAUGGUCAGUCCUAUGUGCAUGACAAUCCCACAAGCAGGAUAUGAGGGCAGUAGCCCUCAUAAGAGCAUAAGAAGAGCCUGCUGGAUCAGAUCAAUGGCCCAUCUUAUCCAUCAUCAUGUUCUCACAGCUCAACCAGAUACUUGUGGGAAAUUGCAAGCUGGACCUGAGUGCAAGAGCACUGCCACGUCCUGUGGAUUCCAGCACCUGGUACAGUAAGCUCACAACUUGUGUGGGAGUUACAUUCUGGGGAUCAAGUCUAAAGCCAAAAUCACGUACAGUGGUACCUCGGGUUAAGAACUUAAUUCGUUCCGGAAGUCCGUUCUUAACCUGAAACUGUUCUUAACCUGAAGCACCACUUUAGCUAAUGGGGCCUCCCGCUGCUGCCGCUCCGCCGGAGCACAAUUUCUGUUCUCAUCCUGAAGCAAAGUUCUUAACCCGAGGUACUAUUUCUGGGUUAGUGGAGUCUGUAACCUGAAGCAUAUGUAACCUGAAGUGUCUGUAACCUGAGGUACCACUGUAUAUUCAAAACCCACUGGGUUCAAUGGGGGAUUGGAUUGCCCAAGUCAUUUCCCCUCAGAACCCAGCCCCCUUUCCACCCCCUUUGUCACGCGCAUAAAGCUCAGUGUGCACAAGUUAAAUGUGCGUAAGUUGGGGGCUUACUGUAUUCAGAAGCAGUAUUGCCUCCAACCAUGGAAGCCUCCAUGAAUUGGUGUAAUUCUCCUUUAAAGCCAUCCAAGUUGGUGGCCCUGCCUGUCUCCUGUGGGUGGUGAAUUCCAUAGUUUAACUAUGCACUGCAUGAAGAAGUGUUUUCUUUUAUCUGUCCUGAAUCUUUUAGCAUCAUCAGUUAUCCAUGAGUUCUAGUGUGAUGUAAGUGAGAAAAACAUUUCUCUUUCCACUUUUCCCAGGCCAUGCAUAGUUUUAUAAACUUCCGUCAUGCUACCUCUUAAUUUUCCUUUUUGCAAACCAAGAAGUCCCGAAUGCUACAUCCUUUCCUCAAAGGGAAGUCGCUGCAUCCCCUUGCUCAUUUUGGUCUCUCCUGCUGCCAGUGCUCCCCACGUGCUUACAGUGCUUCACUCACAUUUCUCAGCAAUAAUACCUUCUAGGUUUUUUUGUGGCAAGUAAUCUCCCAUAGUACAGGUGAAUAUUAUCUUCAUGGUGCAGGCUUAUCCUCUCCCUGCAUCUUUGCCAGUUCAUCCGUUCGAUCCAUGGCUUUUCCGGGGCCAUGUGGCAAAAAAGCAGGCACGAGACUUCACUGUAUUGGAUAGUUUUAAUAGGGUGAAAACUAUUCCAGUUAUCCAGCUUCAUUUUGUUAGUCAGAUGCCUGGCUAACAACAUCCCGAGGAAUCGAAGAUGGUGGGCUCCCUCUGCAUACCUCUCACGGCUUCCAAAUGGCACAUGUACGUGGGGGCGGGCUGACAAGUUAUUUAUUACCCGCCAUCAGAACUCCAUUUGACCCUGCAGGAUUUUCAUUAAGCCCUUGCCAAGUUGGCAUGUGUGUUUGGGAUAGACUUUCUCCCCAGCUGUAAACAGGUUGCUAAAUUAACUUGUGGCAGACAGCUGGCUGGGAUAUGUUGGUGUCUGCACUGUUUACUCUCUCAGGUCCUUUAAAUCCAUCGUCUGCCGGAGCAGACUGUGGACUAGUGUUUUGAGAUGAGCACUUUAAGGAUACAUAAUAUCCUUGCAUUGUGCACAUUGCCCAUUUCAGGGAUCGCUUAGAAGGUUUUGCAAGUUAUUCCUCAGCCGCCGCUGCUCACAUUCAGAAGGCCGGGUUAUGUCCGACACUAGUUCUGCUCAGAGUCAACCCAUUGAAGUUAAUGGACAUAGUUUCGGAGUAUAAACAUAGUUGGCUCUGAUCAUGUUUCCAUGUAUUUUACUUAUUUAAUGCAUCCUGACAAUGGAGAGGCUCUGUGGUCCCAUCUCUCUCUCUCUCUCUCUCUCUCUCUUUCUCCCCUGCAGCCUGAUGACAGUUGAGGGAGGAUCAUGACCCAGUAGCCAUUGAUAGCCACCUCCUGCAUAUAUUUGUCUAGUCCUAUUUUAAAGCUGUCAGAGUUGGUGGCCACGGUAAUGACUGGCAGGCAUUGCAACUGGGAGGGGACUGGAAUUCCUAUUGCUGCUGGGUUUGUCCCUUCUGUUCACUCAGUUUUGUAGCCUUGGGAGGUUCCUGGGUUCCAGGUGUUGGUGCUGGAACAUGGGAAGCUGCCUUGUACUGAGUCAGACCCCUGGUUCAUCUAACUCAGUAUUGUCUGCACUGACUGGCAGUGGUGCGCCAGGUUUUCAUGCAGAAGUUUUCCCAAAUCCUACUUGGAGAUGCCGGGGCUUGAACCUGGUACCUGUUGCAUGUAGAUUAGGUGCUUUUAACCACUGAGCUACAGUCCUUCUCUUCCCGGUUUUGCCAGAAGUGGUUUCUACCAGCUUCAUGGAUAAAAGACUUGCUUUUGCAUAGUGGUGUACACCUAGUGACCGUCAUGUUUUACCUUCAUUGAUUUGAGGCUAGCCUACUGUAUUAAACAUUUUGCAGGACUACCAUUCACAGGCUUCAGGUGAUGCAAAAGACACUGAUCCAGUGUCUUCUGAUGGGAGAGGAUUAUUGAGAAUAACUUGCACUGGGAUUCAAAUGUUGGCAUUAGUUCCCUUUUGAUUUCCAAGUGCCAUUCAAGGAGCCCAGUGGCUUGAGCUUGACUAGGAUGAUGCUUAAGAUUGGCUGGGAAUGUUCCCUAAAUGUGCCAAAACAGUCUGUAAGGGCCUGCAGCAAGGAUAUAUUGUUGGCAGUGAAAUUCUGUUUCUUUGCAGAUUCAACUUCUGGAAGUAUUGUAAGAUUUUUUCUUUCUUUUCCAGACUGGCACCCAGUGGCCAGGGAUAGUGUAGAGGAAGCCUGCAAACACUGUUGCCUAAUGUGAGUUCUCUAAAUGGGGUGGGCUGUAAGUCCAAUAGAUAGACAAGCUAUUCAUUAUGAAACAGUUGCAUGCAAUUGUAUUCACUUGGGUGUUUAGUCACCCGCUUCUAUAACUGGGUUCACAACGGCAAGUCUUAACGUGCGGCAAUAAAUUGUAUCUGAAAGAUCAUUUUCUGAUUUGUCUCCUGGUAAGCUAAUAGGACUGUAAAGAAGUGAAGAGUGUGUUAACAAGUUCCUUUUAUGUGACUCUUGGAUGAUUUCUGGUAAUGCUAGCUAUUUUAAGAAGGCAAGUGAUAGCAUUGAGGAGAGUUUAUAUUCCUAUGAGGUGCUGAUUUUAAAGAGAGGCCCCUUAUUUCUUACAGUGAUAUAGUUAUUAAAGCUGUGAGUAUUAUUCAAAUAGUUGUAGCUGAUUGAUGGGGGGGGUGAGAAGGGUUAACUUUUCCUUUAUAAGGCUGAGGCAUAAAAAUGUCUGAAGUCCUCCAGAUGUUGUUGGGUUGCAUCUCCCAUCAUCCUCAGUCAGCAUGGCUAACGGUCAAGCAUACCAUGAGUUGUAGUCCAACAACAUCUCUAGGGAAAGCAUGGGCUACCCUUGAUUUAAACAUUAAAUUCCAAUGCCCACUUAACUUCUAGCCGUUGAAUGCCAGCCCAGACAAGAAAAGUCCUUAGAAAACAUCUGGAUGGUAUUUUGCCAUGAGCUUUAAGAGAUUUUGGAAGUGCAUUGCACAAUGGUUGGGCAGCCACUGAGAACCAAAUUAUUGAGAAGCUGUUUGCUGACCAAAAUAUACAUGUUAUUGUUAUAAGACAUUUGUUUACUCCCAUGCUUCUUCUAGACACCAUGUAGAGCUGAGGAGUCAGCCACUCCUAUUUAUUUAUCAUGUUUUGUUUCCUAUCCUUUCUCUAAGAAGCUGAAGCCAAUAUAUAAUGGGUUAUCUAACCCAUUUUUCCCUCACAUCAACCUUGUGAGGUAGGUUGGGCUGAGAAGGUGGUACUGGCCAAGGCCAUUUAGUAAGUUUCAUGCUGAGCCCAGACCCCAUUUCAGUCCAGCAUUGUAAUUCUCCUGCUACACACACACCUCUCUGUUAUUUUGCAGGAUGAGUGUGCACUUACAGUUGUAUGAUGCUUGUGUUUGCACACUAAAAAUGCUCCAGGGUCGCUGCUUGACUCAUUACCAUUUGGAGCAAUGUUUGUUCUCUGAACGACUGGAGGAGCUGCUAGCGGCAGUUUUCCCUCUUUCGGCGAAUACUUGGGUGCACUGUCGCUCUAAUCCUUAGUAACUGUAAAUGGCUAUAUUGGUUGAAAAAUACUUUCUGUCGAGGAAUGUGUGCUGCGUAAUCCCCUGAAAUCCUGUGCUGACAGACACAGCUAUGUAAGGAGGCCCAGUGACCUAGUCAAGUCUGGGACAAAAGUUGACAGUCACUUGAGAACGCAAGGUUGUUAAGCGUGGGUUUUGUGUAAUGAAAAUUGCCAGUCUUGCCACCUGCCUGGGGUUGUCAAAGCUUGGGUGCAGCUCCUUAGCCCAGCUCUUCAGACUGUUUUAUCGCGUUACUGUCUAAAUACCUCUUGUUUCUCAGCUGUUUUUAGGCUAUUUGAAAAAUGCUGCUUCUGCUUCUGCUUCGCCUCCCACCCUUCCCUGCCCUGUGCUGCAAAACAACAGCUGUAUGCUCCUCAGGCACCUUAGCAGUAGGAUGUGAGUUUGGAAAUUUUAAUUAAGUCCGUAACCCCCACAUUUGGGGGUGGGGGUGGGCGGGAAGGAAAAUCUGUUAGGGAAAAGCUGGCUAAAAGCCCCUGUAGUGGCAUUUGCUGAGAUUUGCACCCCUCCACACAUUACAGUCUGUUGUUUAAUUUCUCACUUUGUCGAUCUCGUACAUAAAAAGAAGGGUGACUAGUGAGAAUCUCGUGGUGGUAGGUGUUGGGUGCCUAAAUGCCUUGGCAUUAAUUAUCUGUAAUGCUGGAAGGUGGGAGCAGGUUGACUCAUGAAUUGUGGACGAUCUGCCCGCUUGUUGUUCCUUAUCACUGUAAGCAGAAGGGCUAAAUACUUUUCUUUUAAAGUAAACAUUCAGGGAAGCAGUGUUGGCACUGGAGCCCGGCCUGUUAGGGUAAGGUGACAUAGCUCCACCAACCUCAGCCUUUCCUAAUGCAGCUGCCACCUCACUUAGAGUCCAGAGGGUGGCACUGCCUAUCACCUUCCUCCUCCUUAGCCUCAGUGUUGCUCCUUGCAGAACUCAACAGAGAGGAGGGUGGGAGCAAAACCAGAAUUACUUGGCUCUGCCUGUCAUCGGCUCGGGCUCCAUUUUCUGUUGAUCUGUCCUCCUUCCUCUCUGACUUAUUCCAAUGGGCAUCGACCACCACUGGAUGUUGGUAGAACUUCAUGUCUCUGGAAGACCAUUAGUCAUUGCCCAAACUCCACUUCUGUCAGGUCCCAAAGGUGUACGUCUUCACUCAGACCUCUGGGUCUUCUUGAGGUUGCUGUUUAAUUAGGUACGGGGAACAUUCAGUUCGUAAAACAGUCUAUGGGUGUGCUUUAUCUUGCUGCAAUGCUAAGGUCAAUGUUUAUGGUUCUGUUGUCCUGCAAAAUCUGGAGAAUAUAUUUUGGAAACUGCUCUGUAAUUUUCUGAAUGGUUUAUAAAUGGAUCUAAGGGUAUCAGAUAAGUAGCAGGGGGCCAUCCCUUAUCACUACUUGUCUACAAAUUUGCCUUUAUCGUCGUGCACUUGCUUGCAGAUAGGGCAGUCUUCAGCAACCUGCUGCCCUGCAGAUGUUGGACUACAACUCCCAUUGACAACCGGGGACGAUGUGAGUUGUAGGUGAACAACAUUCUUGAGGGCACAAAGUGGGUGAAGGCUGAGAAAGGGGAUGCCUCUUUCCAGCCUAAAUUUGAAAUCACCUCUGUAGCUCCCUGAUCAUUCCUAGAUUUUCUUGGGCAGUGCACUGCAAUCUCUCUUCUGCUGAGAUAGGCAUUGUGUUGCUGUUUUGAAAGAAAUAUCUGGUGUCAGGAGUGUAGUCUGAAAUUUAUAUUUUGGCAUGACUGCAAACAAGCUGAUGAGACGAUGGUCUAAAAAGCCUUUCACUGGCUCAGACCCAGAAUUAAUCUUUCUUUUUUAAUGGACAUAGAAAAUUAUUGCUUGCUACCUUGUGAUUAAUGUUGCAUUGCUGAGGGAAACUUCAAACUCGACUGAAAGUAUGUGGAUUGAAAGACUAGAGUAGGGAUAAGGAACCUAAAGCGCAAAGGUCAAAUAUGGCCCUCCAACCUCUCUAUCUGGCCCUUGGAACUCUAACUAUGCCACACCUCUUUCUGAGCCACACCUCCUUUCCCCACACCACACCCUUCACUGGCCCUGCCUUACAGCCUCAGUUGAGUAUUUUUGCCUGGCUUGAAUGUGCCCUUGAACGCUAAUAAUUUAUUUAUUUAUUUAUCUCAUAAAAUUUGUACACCGCUUGAUGGUAAAAAAAUAAAGUAAAUAAAUAAUGUAUAUGCUACUGAUUCCUUCUAGUGAGAGGGCUGGAACAAGGAAAAGAGACCAAACACCUAGGCCCUUGCCCUUGAUGGUAAUUAGCCCUUCCACUCUGACUGUACCUCACCCUGCCAACCACCACUGAAAUUGGGGCACCACCUUCACCACUCCUGCUACUUGUCCACCCAGACACUUUAGAGCAUCAUUAUUCACCACCACCCCGCCAUUUACAGCUGGGAUAUUAGGGCCACAAGAAAGUAAACCAGUAUUUCCCAAACUUGGGUCUCCAGCUGAUUUUAGACUACAACUCCCAUCAUCCCUAGCCAGCAAGACUAGCAGUCAGGGAUGAUGGGAAUUGUAGUCCAAAAACAGCUGAGGACCCGAGUUUGGGAAACCCUGUAGUAAACUAAAGCCCAGCUGUAUGUGCGUUCCACACUUUCAGACCCACAGGUGGGUUGUGAAGCCACACCAAGUGGGUCACAAUGAAGCUGUUGCCGCCAUGUGGGUUUCCAGCUUAGUCUAAGGAGCGUUAACUACAUGUGUGUCUAGACCAGUACGCAUUUUAAUAAGGCACUCAUUUCAUCCAUUUCCACAAGUCCUGCAGUGUGGCAAGAGAAAGGCACCAGUUUUUUUUUUUUAAAUAAGAUACGUAUUUCUGAUCAAGCACUUUCUCCUGCCACAUGGCAGCACUGGUUUUCCUUUAGUAGUAAUGCUAAGUUAACACUGCAUGUGUUGUUCUGUGAAUUGCCAUUUUAGGAUUAACAACAUGCAAUAUUACCAGAACUAAGUAUAAAUCAAAAGCGAAAACACAAAAGUGCACCCCAUGAUGCAGCUUGGGAGUUGGAGAUUGGGGUCACAGGUGUGUACCAGUUGAAGACCACUUUUUUAGCACUUUAGGGAAGCACCAGUUAAGAUGCUUGAGGGAUGUAAGUUUGCUUUUGCUUGUGUGCUGGGAAGAAGGUAUCUGAAGCAAAACUGCCGUAUGUCUUCAUGUUUUGUCCCCUAGUUUGGUUUCCCAUUCUUUCUGCAGAAUGGAAACCACACCAUUGUCGAGUGUGGAGAUGAAGCUCAGUGGGUUCUGUAUAAAAAACAUUCCCCCUGCAUGCAUUUCAUCUGCAAAGAUAAACAAAUACUUCCUCUGUCUCUUUCUCUGUUUCCAACAGCUGCGGAUAACUGUCUGGUCCUUGUGUACAAAAUCUGUGUCUUAUAUCAAGUAUCCCAAGGCCUGUCAGCAGGGUAAGUGGAGCUAACCUAAAACAGGAAUGGUUUUUUAAAAAAUUAUUAUUAUAGCGAAGAUUGCCAUGAUCUGGGGAUAUCCCAUAUCCCCUUCAACUGAUAUAUAUCUACCAGCAGGAAGGGUACUGAUAUGGCAGGGUAACUGCAGUGUAUGUUUGUCCCAGUGGAUGUUGGUGUUCACAAGUGAGCAAUCCCCUCUUGUUCCCAAGCUGUAUUCUGUCAGAUCCAGGCACGUGUCCGACUGGUGGAGAUCUGUGUAAUAAAAAUCCAGAGUACAAAAUCAAUUUAGUAGGAGAUGGGGGGGGGGGGGUGAGCUUAAAAGUACACUCCUGAUUUCUGUGUGGGUAAAGUUUUGAAGCAGGAAGGAAGUCAGGUAUGGUUCUUGUGAACAGCAGCCUGAUAUUGCUAAGCCAACGUGUGCAGGCUGACUGGAGGACGGAAUGUCUGAGGAUGUGUAGUAUAUCUUUCUGUUACCACUGAAUAACCACAACCAGUUCUGCUAACAUACAUGUCACUAUGAAUUGGUGCUUUUGUUCAGGGGAUAUAGCACUAAAGAGAGAAAGUUUUUCCCCCCUGGUACAAGUGGGGAAGGCCUUGCCAUACAUAAAAACAACAAAAACAAGGUUUUUGGGUAGAAGAACAAUGCCAACACGGAGGAUACGUGUGUCGACUUGGAAAAUGCGGCUGUUCAUUUCUACAGCCCUUGAUGAUUAUGUUCUAUCUCCGCUGUUGGAGGCAGUGUGCCUCUGAAUACUGGUAGCUGGGAAUCACAGGAGGGGAAAGCUGCUGUUGCACCCGAGUCCUGCUUGUGGGCUUCGUGGGGGCAUUUGGUUGGCCACUUUGAGAACAGGAAGCUGAACCCUUUGGCACGACUGAACAGCGCUAAUUUUAGGUUCAUAUUCCAUUGGACAGCCCAUGCAAUUUAAUUAAACAUGGCUCUUUUCUCUUUCUUCUCUAUACUUACCAUGUUCUUGCACACACAUGAAUCUGAAUACCAUAGGAAAGGCUGAAAAUGCUUUGAAUGGCAUGUUCAAGAAAAGUGGAAGCGUUAAAGAACGCACUGAGAAGUAGCUUUAUCUUGCAAAAACAGUAUCUCCCUGAUACCUGAUCUUAGGUUACAUGUACACAGUUGUUUUUGAUGAUUAUAAUAGUUAUUGCAUAACCAGUCUCGUGAAUCUGCUGUUAGACUGGCUCUCCCCACUCCACAUGAUACGGAUUCUUUGUACUUAUAAGCACCAGUUUGUCCAAUCAAUGUUACUCAAAUCAUGUGCCUAAAGAAAUAGGGAAGUAUUCUAAUAUCUCUUGUCUAAACUAGAGGUGAGAAUACUAACUUCCGCUCCUCCCCUUACGUAAUUCAUACCAGUAUUUUGAAUUAAACAUUUGUGGUUUUGUGUGGCCUUUCAGAAAGCAUUUCUUCUUACCAAAUAAGAUGAGGACAGCUGAGAGUCAAGGGUCCUGGGUCAGGGUUCUGUUUUCCUUUCACACGCAGACAGGCUUUCCAUUACUUGGUCUUGACAGUAGCGGAGUUUACAAUGGUGGUACUUCAGGGCCUUGAAGAGUCGAAUGAAAGCAAUAGACCUCCACUUCAGAGCAAGUAUAGUGUGUGUGUUAUGCAAGGCCUCUCAAGAGAACAGGAACUAAGCAGCAACAAAUAUGCCUUAAGACAUACUCAUUCAUCCUCAAAAAAAAGCCUCUUCUGUCCAGGUUUUGUUUUUCUUUGGGUUUGGCCCAUUCCUUGGCUAAUAUUAAUUGCUCAAUUUCCCUCUCUCCUAAGUGCUGCCAUUUUUGUGUGUGUGUUUGGCAGGAAUAGCAUUCACAAAGGAUGGCCGGUACAUGGCCUUGGCAGAGAGGAGGGACUGCAAAGACUACAUCAGCCUCUUUGUAUGCAGUGAUUGGCAACUUCUGAGGGUAACCCUCCCCCCAUUAUUCACCUUCCCCUUGUAGGCUCCUGUGUGCCUUGUAACCUUAUAGAGCCUGUGCAGAUGUAACGUUCCAAAUCCUUUAGCGAUAAGGAGUUGACCGUCAGUUUGUGCCUUUUCCUUCCACCUCGUUCAAUUUGCAAAUUCUCUUCAAUAGGCUAGAGCUGGUGCUGUCUUUAACCAUGGUUAAUGCUAAUCCUCCUGGGAAUCCAGAGGACUUAUUCCAGGGGAGAAGGCAAAGUAAGACAGUGAAUUGUAUAGGUGGGGAGCAGGCCAGUUUCUUGCAAAAAGUGAGAAGAAUAGUGCUUGAAUAUUUUUGCUUCAUGUCUCAGGUUCUACAAAUGCUAGAACCUCAGAGCUAGAUUCACCUAGCCAGUUCCAUUAACCUAAGGCCUGUACAAGCACUUCCUCAAGCACAAUGGGGUUUCUCGCCCUCUGAAAUUGGCUCAGGGAAUGUCAGGAAAAUAUCCCCAGAAGAGCAAGCAGGGUGUGUAUGUUUGUACAGAUAGAACAAUUGGAAGAGCGGGAUAUUUAAUUCCACUGUUAGGAUUGUAUUCAUUAAUGGAUACAAGUUGCUCAUGUACACACACACACUCUUUAAAAUGAAAGCUGGGAAUCGGUAUUAUAGUUAUCAGGCAUGGGGCAGGGGGACACCCUGUGCGUGCCCACGAUCAUUCUUCUCAAAAUGUGGUCCAAUAUUCAUAAAAGAAAAGAAACUAUUUAUUUAAUUGGGUAAUGUAUUUAGAAUCACAUAAUUACAGAGUUGGAAGGGACCGCAAGGGUCAUUUAGUGCAAUCUUCUGCAUUGCAGGAAUCACAGCUAAAGAAUCCCUGACAGAUGGCCAUCCAGCCUCUGUUUAAAAACAGCAAAUGAAGGAGAGUCAUUUACCUCUUCGUAUUUCAGAGAAAUUUUCUAAGCUGUUUUCCACAUCCUAAAAUAUCACAAAUAGCCAAGUCAGAAUAAUAUAUUUUUUUUACAGUACCUCAUAUAACAAUUAUGUAAGAUGCCUUCUUAAACAUUAGUAGAAAUGGAAACAGCUGUUGUAAUGGGGAUACCUAUGGGCAGUUUCAAGAUGUAGCAGUACAGCAGAGACAACCAGCCCCCACCCACCAACUAUAGAAGCAUUGGAAGCAGCUGCCCCUCUCACUUCUGCUGUUUCCCCACCUUAAGCUCACACUGAAAUUAUUUCCUUUGUUUCUGUUUGGAAGCAUUUUGAUACUGAAACACAGGACCUGGCUGGGACAGAAUGGGCGCCGAACGGCUGCGUGUUGGCGGUGUGGGACAGCUGCCUGGAGGUGAGGGGAAACUGCCAGUGCCUCAGUGGAGGGAUCUUUUGCCAAACCCAUUGCAGCAUUUCAGAGCAGCUGUGUCCAUAUUGACUUAAUAGCCCACAUAAAAAUGUGGCUGAGAGGUGGCUUUAAUGAGAGCAUUAUCUAGGUAAUGGCUUCUUGAGAACAGGCAUGGAUAGUCUGUGGCCCUCCAGAUGUUGCUGGACUGCAAUGCCCACCACCCCUGACCUUUAGCUAUGCUGCCUGAUGGGAUCUGGAGUCCCAAACAACAUCUGGAGGGUCACAGGUUGCCCCUUCCUGUCUCAAGAGAUGGCCUUUGCACCAACCUUUUGAGCUUAUGCAUUCUGUUGCUGGAAUCUCAAUGUGAAAACACUUUCGAGAUUUUGCAAAAUGCAAAAAAGAUUCUCUUUCUUUAGUGCUUACCACUCAGCACUUGGGUAUGGAUAAUUGACAGGCUGUGCAUAUGCAUCUUUGGACUGGGGCGGAGGGUGCUUGUUUCAAGACCUUCAGAUGGGACAGACUAAGACUCUUAAGCCAUUGCCAGUCUUAAGAUGUAAACCUUUUAUUUCAGUAUAAAGUUUUGCUGUACUCCCUCGACGGGCGUCUGCUGUCCACAUACUGUGCUUAUGAAUGGUCACUAGGCAUUAAAUCUAUCGCCUGGAGCCCCAGCAGCCAGUUCUUGGCAAUCGGCAGCUAUGAUGAAAAGGUAAGGCUUCUGAAGCCCUGCCAAAGUUGAGUUUGUGCCACAGUUCGUUCUCUCUCUCUCUCUCACUCUCUCUGUAUUCACUCUGGGCUUUCUCAUCUCUUAAUCAGGUGCGCAUUCUGAACCAUGUGACUUGGAAGAAAAUUACAGAAUUUGAGCAUCCUGCAAACAUUGCUAGCCCAAAGAUAGUAAGUAGAAAAAGAAGUGUGGUCUGCUCAUGCUGCAGGAAACAUACUCGGGGGGGGGGGGGGCGGUGGUGGCAUUGAGACCAUAUAUAUAUAUAUAUAUAUAAAAUAAUUGGUAUUUGUAUAAUUCUUCAAAAUGUUUUCAGCAGUCCUUACAAAAACUCUGCAAGGACGGUCAGUAUCAUUGUCCCCAGCAGUUAGGAUGUUCUGGCUGUGUGGCUUGCUUAAGGUCAUUUAGUAAGCAUGCAGCUGAGGUGAGAUUUGAACACGGGACCUCCUGUUCACAUCUCAGCCUUUUAGUCACUUGAUGUAAACCAGCCAAGUGCUGGUUCGUAUGGACAGCUUUGAUAAUUAUUUUCUUUUUGUUUGUUUGUUUGAACCAAAAACAUGCAGAUUCAAGGGGAUUGCUUUGUGAUCAGAGAUGAGGAGAAAUGUGAGGCACUACCUUGGUUCAUGUGUUCUUCUUCCUGCUCUUCUUCCCCCAUGGAAUGGGUUUUUAAAACAUGCGACACCCAUGUUGCAGCUUCUAUUCUGCAAAUUCUCUUGCAUUUCUUUACAUCACACAGUCUGGAUAUCUAUGUUCUGAUUUGUGUUAGAACAAUAGUUGAGAAGGAUUAAAGAAACAUCUCACCCAAACCCCACAUCCUGUUUAUUCUUAAGUUUAUAUUUUCAUCCAAUGAUAUCCCCACCACUCAGACCUUGCUUACUGCCAUGCUUUCCAGCCCGAGUGUGGAUGAUCUAGCAACAUGUCUCCUAUAAAGAGGUGCAGGGCUGACUUGCCUUUCUCUUCAGAUUGUCUAUAAGGAGGUGGAGAAAUCGCCAGCAGUGGAAGUGGAGAAACUUGCCUUCCCCCCUACCAAGAAAAUGGCAAGCUCUCUCUUCAGCACAAAGAGCAAAUGUAAGUCAAAGCAGGGACCGUGUGUACAAAGCUGCGUUAUCACUUGUUUGUUUACUUACUUAAAUGUAUUUGAAAUAACUUUUACUCUCUUCUGCUGCUCAAAAGACCCCCAUGGUGAAAUACAAGACGUACUGUGCCCUUAGAUGCACUGUGUAAAAGGCAAGACAUAAAAGGAAAAAGAGAAGGGGAGAAGGGAAAAAACAAAUAUCAAGCAGUAUUUCUUAUAACAGUCAGCUGGGGUGGAAGCAGGUUAGAGAAAGGAGGUGCCAAAAGGAUUUGGUUUUGCCACAGAAAAAGGUUCAAAUACAUGAUACCCAGAGUGAUACUAUAUGGUUCUUGUGAGAUCUUGAUUGCUUUUGAGACCAUUGACUGUAAGGUCUUAGCAGCAUACCUGUUUGACUUGGCAGUUGUUGAGCAACUGCUGUGGACUAGAUUCUCUAAUUCCUGUCAACAGAUACCAAAAGAUACUAAUAGGUAGUUGCUCAGUUUUCCUAGCCCCCCCCCCCCCCAAUCUCCUGUCCUGGCUGCUUCCAUUCAGCAUGUGUCUAUAUGAGGCAGCUGAACCACAUCGUGAGACACUGCAGUUGUGUAUGGUGAGACACAUCUCAUUUUUGUGAGACUGGGCACUUAAAAGAAGGUUGGACUAAGUACUCAGUAUCUGUUGAUUGACUGGAUUUAUAUACUGCCUUUCUGUCAAGCCAUUCAAAGUAAUUUACAGUUUAAAAAUACUAAAACAUAUAUCUUAUAGAGGCUUCUCAAUGCCAUUUGGGAGCUGGUGGUCUGUGUUCUUCCUGGCCUGGGCUCCUUCACUUCAGUAGGGCUGUGUACCAGUCCUGGUGGAAUCCCGAACGGAAUCUGGCCAAUUCAGGUCAACCCAUAAUUCCGCCAGAAUGGGUUGAGGUAGCCCCAGGUUGGAUUGGAUCUACCCAGAGUGAUCCAGGGCUGUCAAGGGGGGCAGUGGAGGACAGUCUUGUAGUGAAAGUCAGGGAGUGGGGAGGAGGAGAUCUAGGCAGGCAGCCUGCAGGUGUCUUCCCUCUGCUGAUGCAUGUUUAAUUUGGUUUUUAAAAGCUAAUUAAACACUGCAAGGCCCCCACUGGGGUGCCUGAUUGGGCCCAGAAUUGAAGCAGUGGGAGGAGGUGCAGCCCUAGUACUCUGUGUGCAUCAUAAUAUUAAAAGGAAGUUUAUUCCACGAUCCAUAAAAUAGAACAAUCUAUGGUUUAAGUGUCAUUAUGACUUUUAAUUUUUCCUCCCCUUCCAGAUGAAAUUGCCCAGGUCCCAGUUUCUUUGCAUCAUGUCAAACCUGCGGUGGACCGGGCAAAUCCUAGAAUUGGAGUUGGAAUGUUAGCUUUUAGCUCAGAUAACUGCUUUCUGGCGACCAGAAAUGGUUAGUAUCUCAAGAGGGGUGAAUGAGGACCAAUUUUGGGCUUUGCAGUAAGUUUUCACUGUGGGUGGUUACUGAGGUCCGUCUGCCUCAGUUCCAUAGACCAAUUAUUAGUACAAUUGUGAACCAGGGACUGAUUGCAUUGUGUGCCUGUAUUGUACCUUUAAUUGUUGUUUCACAUCUAACAGAUAAUAUUCCUAAUGCUAUUUGGAUCUGGGAUGUCCAAAAGAUGAAGCUGUUUGUGAUCCUGGAGCAGCUGUGCCCCAUCCAGCUUUUCCAGUGGGAUCCCCGUCAGCCCCGGCUUGCCAUUUGUACUGGGAACAGCAGAGUGUACCUCUGGUCCCCAGCAGGAUGCGUGUCUGUACAGGUACCAGUGGAAGGUAAGGAAGCUCCAAACUGAUACUGCAGACAAGUCAGGCCUAGGGGCAAUUUCGCCACAGUGGAGAAGGAUAUCCUUGAAUUGGGUUGCCGUUACCUACUGGGCAAUUAGCAACAACAGGUUUUGUUAACUUUUUCUUAACUGGCUGAUCAUUUUCAACAUGUCUUUAAUAGACAGCUCACAUUCUCUAGGUGUGUGAUCAUUUCAACAACUCUAGGUCAAUGCUUGGAUUGAUGUUACCACAUCAGAAAGGAACUGAAAGCAGUGUGCUGGUUGGCCCUCAUUUGGUUGUUAAAUAUGCGGUGCUGAUUAAGUGCAUUGCACGUGACUGUGAAAAAACUGAGGCAGAUGUCACAAGUGGAGAUUAACUCCAAAACCAUAUAGAUCAUACUUGCAUUGCUGUCAUGAAGCACACGGUGUGUAUGUAUUCUACUCUGAGUAGGCCCAUUAAAAUUGGUCAACCUUCUCAGAGUAGGACUAACAGUGGAAUACAGCCCAUGUCAAGGUUCAAUCCUUCACAUCUCCAGUUAAAAGGAGUAGUAGCAGGUGAUGAAUGAAACUGUCUGAUGGAGACUCUAGAGUCACUGCUAGUCAAAGCAGACAACACUAGGCUAGAUGGUCAAUCUGAUUUGAUCUGAGUCAUCUUCCUACAUUAGCUGCUACAGCACACAUUCUAGAGUGCUUUCUGGACUUUUUAAGAUACUGAAAAAAACACAAAGGAAUCCUGAAAUCUUUUAGGAUUAUUAUUCUCUUAAUCAUCCUUUCAAAUUCUGAAGCUGUGACCAAAUUAGCACCACCCACACCCAAACGGGGAGAUAUUAGGAGGUCUAUGUAUUUGAAGAACCUCAACACAGCCCAACGAGUUCUGCGCCUGCUUAAGAGGCCACAGGAUGUUGACUGCUGUAGGUCAGGGUAGGAAAUAAGACUCGAAAACAAGAUGGAGUGGUAGAGACCAUGAACAGGAAUGCUCCAUGCAGCAACGUGUUUGAAUACAUUUUAGAAAGUAGUCCUUAAAUAUUUACGUGUACAGUGCUGUUCUGCAAAUUGGGGCUAAAGUAUGCCUACAACUAUCUUUUAUCUGAAGGGGGUGCAUCAUAAUGAUCACCUAGCAAAAUUUUGUGCUUAAAGGGUAUUUGCCAGUAAAAAUUUUUGAUCCAUGUCCACAGGUGACUUCCAGGUAACUUCUCUGUGCUGGCACUCCAGUGGGGAUUCUCUGGCUCUCCUGAGUAAGGACAAUUUUUGUAUGUGUUACUUAGAAAAAGAAGAGGAAGAUGUGAAAUAGCUACACCCAAAGCUAAGCUGGGUUAAAACGGAAGCCUGGUUUUGUGUACUGGUUCUCCAGCAUUGCAAGUGGAGGGGGAGGGUGGAGAGAAACUGCUGCUGGGCUUAGUCUGUAUAUAGAUGUGUGGAAGCUUGUAUUUGCCCUUGAUGCACUUUAAACAGCUGAGCAGUAUAAAAUGUUAUGAAAUAGUGAGGAAACAGGUGUUUUAGCUUUAAAUUUCUAGAUCCAUUUACAACAUAAUGUAUAUCUUAGUGUGUAAACUACUUAGUUUAUUUUGAAAAUAAAAUAAAACAUUUUUGUUACAUAAUGCAUUAUUAAAACAUGGCUACAAGGCUG